GGGUUUGCGUGGCGUUUGUUCCGACGCAGUAACGGGUUACGAAUGCGUGGCUUCCAGAUUAUUCGCGUGGGCAAGUGAACUUCGAAGUAUUCGGAGUGAGGUUAAUGUCGCCUGAAGUAUGGUGAAACAUGAGAAUGUGCUCAUUUGUGUUGCUUGUGAUCUGUGCAAGCUCAAAUUCGAAGAUUAUCAUGAGCGCGAUGAGCAUCGGCGUUCAUUUCACCGAGUGGAGGCGUCGCGAGUAUCUGUGAAGCAGGAAAACUCAGGCUUGAAUGACGAACGGCAAUUGGCGAAACCAUCCAACAAAACCAAACGGAAACCGAAGCUUCGGAUCCCUACGUCGAAGUGCAACACAUGCGGGGAGGAAAUGCCGUCGAAAGAUAUAGGGAAACAUCUUGUUCAAAUUCACAAUCACCGACCAUUCAAGCGUCGUGAGGCGGUUCAUCAGUGUGAAUUCUGCCAUAAGUGGUUUUAUACCUACUUCUCCAAAGUCAAUCAUUUUUCUGAGGAUCAUGAACCCUGGCUAUGGGGACCGUUCAUAGAAAAGUCGUCUCGUGAGAUGGCUGAGCGUCAGCCCCCAUUUUGUCACGAGUGUAUGAAGAGCGAUUUUUUCUCAUGGGGUCAAGUUCAAACGCAUCUUCAGGAGCAGCACGGUCUGCGUCCACGUGACGAAUUUCUUGAGCAGGGCAAAGAAGAGCUGUGUUCGGCGGAAGAUGAAGAUGAGACCUCUGUGAUAUUAUUGGAUGCUGAUGAAGAAGAUGCGAUAUUGCUCGACGUGGAUGAUGAUGAUGAUGCGGUCUUGCUUGAUGUCGAUGCAGAUGACGAUGUUGUUGUGCUGAAAAUGGUAGAGGAGGUAAUCGUUCUAGAUGACGAAAAGCUGCUUCUUGAUGAAGUUUGAGUACCUGAAUGAUCUCCUCGUAAUUUUGAAUGCUUUUUUACCUUUGGAAAGGGUUUCGGAGAUGAAUUAUGCGUAGUGUGUAUAGUCUGGAUAUUUUUAUGAGAACAUGGAAUUGCGUGAAGCAAUGCAGAUUCUAAGUACUUAUCCUUAUCUUAAUCGAUGGAUUGUGCCGAAAAAAACAUGAAUUCCUCAACGAAGUGACGCUACGUUUAAUUUUUUUACAAUGUGAUCUUUUCCCGUUAAUGAACUACAGUACGUAGCGUUGGUCCCGCAGUAGGAGACCCGAUUCCUUUUUUUUACGGAUUACACAUUCCCUUCAGAAUACAUUUUGAUAAUUUUGAAUUGUACUCGAGGCCGUGGAUUCCAUGGUGAAAAAAAAGGUGUGCCUGUGUGCUUCUACACUCGUCACUUUCCUGGAUGUAGUCAGGUGAUCGACACCGUUUAUUUUCCUUUGAAAAAUCAGAACUCAGUAUGAAGUUGAUCUUCGCUUGUACCGGCUAGAGCAGAUGCUACCAUUUCAUUUGACUAAUGGGUUGGAAAGCUGCAAAUAAUGUGGGAGAAACUUGAAUAACAGACUUGGACACGGGUGGAGCCUGGAAUUGUAAUUCCAAGUGACCUGCACAAAAAAAAAAAAAGGAAAAAUGUCUAUUAUAAACUUACCUGAGCAGAAAAAUUGAGAAGUUUUUUAACACCUCAGAAAUGUCCCGAGUCACGGAAUGUUAUUGUGAUGCUGGGUACCUAAAAUUACGAUUUUGGGCUUUCUCUUAGAAGAAGUCUUGUUAUUCAUCUUUCGUGAACACUUCUCAGCUUUCCAACCACUCUUUGGUAACCCAUGAUCCGAAUGAAAACCCAGAAAAUGUUAAAUGGUGACAUCUGUUUACUGUACAUGUCCACUACCGAUUCCUGAAACAAGUUAAAGAAACAAUGUAAGGCUGUCGGUGGACAUCGUUAACCUUUUCACCACGCAAUCCAUAAUCCCGCGGGGGAUUAUUUUUAAAAUUUUUAAAAUGCAUCAGUGAGGGAAUGUGUGAUGCGCAUAAGAAUGUUUCGCAUUAAAAAAAUCUGAAAUGGAUUAGUUUUUUAAUGUAUGAACUCAUUGGGCUAUUCAGUUGAAAUAACCUUUUCUGGAAGCCUGCUUCGUGAUAAAACUUCCUACCGUCAUCCCAAUGGUGCCCGAAUUGAUGUUACCUGCAACGCCAAAAUGUUGAACAAAUUACCGGAUUAACUCAAAAUGUGCAGGGAUUGUCCAAGUGAUGGACGCAGUUGAACAUAGGAGGAAAUCAAGGUGUGGAUGUGAUUAUUUUUUCAACUGUGUCCAUAUGUUAAUAUUCAGACUGUCAGUAUGUUGUAUCACUUUUUCUGCUGCCAAAAAUUGGAAAAGUCCUUCAAGAAUAGUUAUAACUCUAAGAUGAAAAAAACUGCAGAAGUAACUAGAAAAACAAAUCUAAUGAGUCCAAAAAGCAAGCUAACUUAUUUCUAUGCUUUAUGAAAUUGAUGGAAUUUAUUGAAGAGAUGUGUCCAAAUUAGCAUCUUCUGGAUCAUGAAUUAGAUUAAAUUUAUCAAUGUUAAUUUAAUAUUUUUUAAAUAUUAAUGUACAGUAUUUGUUUAGAUUAAUUUAAUGAGAUAUGUCAAAAUUUUGGAGACUGAAAAUUUUGAUGAAGUGUCUGUGUCUUAGACAUUUUCCUGAUGUGGGGGCAUAUUUCCUGAAUUUGAAAUGUCCGUUUGUUGAAUUGUCCUUAUGUUGGGAAAUCUUACGGCCCCAAUAGAUUUCAAACAAUGUUCAACAUCCUGAGCAAAUUACAUUAGUUUUAAAACUCAAGUUGUUAAACUUUGUUCUUGUUUCAAAUUUUAGGACCUUUUUUCAGUACACUGCAUGAUGGUAAUUGAAAGCUCACAGGUAAUGGUCAUAGUUGAAAUAAUUUGUUAUUGCGUAUCGGGUAUCUCACUCACUUCUCUUGAAGUUUUCAAAAAUUUUGGAUGAUCACAGUACUGUACUGUCGUUUGUUCACAAAAAUUAAUUUUGAAAAAUGGGUUGUUGCAUUGGCAAGGGGUUUAUUUAUAAUUUUUCUCAUUUUUUCAGAAGCAUUGUAUUGGCCCAUGUUUUCUAUUUGUUAUUGUAUCCUAUCAAACUGAUAUUUAAUGAAACUGCCAUUUUUUUAUUUGCCGAGUCAUGGUCAGAUCAUAGGGUGAUUCAGUUGGGGCAAAUCCCCUGGCAAUUUUUCCUGUGCACUCCUCCGCAUUGCGCUCUGCUUCUCACAUUUGUGCAGCGUCCCUGCUAGAUUUCAAAUUUUUUAAAGUGAGGUUUCAGUUUGUCAACAUUUUUAUGCGCACA